AUGAAAAUGCCAACAUGCAAAUACAACGGAACCACUGAUCUUGAAAACCAUUCCACCGCAUUCGAACAACAUAUGAUGUUAUACUCGGACUCAGAUGCCAUGUGGUGCAAAGUGUUCCAAACCACCUUAUCAGGGGUGGUGGCAGAUUGGUAUAAGAAGUUGCCGGCAGGGUCGAUAUUCAGCUUCAGACAGAUAGAUGAAGAUUUUGUGACACGUUUUAUCAGUAAGAUGGAGAGAAAGAAAACUUCCGGGGAAUUAAUGUCGAUUUCACAAAGGCCAAAGGAGCCUCUGAGAGAAUACUUGACCCGUUUUAACAACGAGUCCAUUACUAUACCAGAGCUGCAGCAGGAGAUAGCAUUUUUGGCUCUGUUGAGAGGGAUGCAAGACUGUGAGUUCAAAAAAUACAUGGGGAGGAAGUCAUUCACCAGUUUGGGGGAAACUUUGAAGAAAGCCAACGAGUAUAUCAGGAGUGAUGAGUUGAUGCUGAUAUCACACCCCACCAUGGGGGGUCAGGCAGUGCAACCAGCAAGAAACGAUCAGGUUCCCUCACAACAACAUAAUUUCAGAAAGGAUAACAGCAGAAAGGAAAGUUACCAAUCCAGGGGAGGUUUUCAGGCCAGACAGCCGAUAGGAGCGUAUCAGGUUUACACCCCCGCUAAAUACGGCUAG